UGCAGCAGCUUGCAUUUGCUCUUUCCUUCUCUUCUACCUCCAGUAGCUUCAUUCCAAGGAUGGCGUGCCAUCUGAGAUCUGCGAGUGUGCCUUCGAGCCCUCGCUCCAACGAGAUCAAUGUUGAGGAACAGCUGCAGAGCUUGAAGGCAACUGUCUCAUCGCCUUCAGCGACCAUCGGAACCAUGGUUAAUGGUCUGAGCAAGCUUGGGAGCAUCUACAUUCACAUAGAUGCGCUCACAUGCCUGCCCAGCAGCCAGAGGAAGGCAGUGGAGGAGGAGCUCGAGCGCUCCCUCGUCCUGCUUGACCUCUGCAGCGCCGUACAAGAGAGCUUUGUGGAGCUCAAGGCCACUGUCCAGGAGAUGCAGUUGGCUCUCAAAAGAGGAGACGGUGCGGCUCUCCAGACCAGGGUUCAGUGCUACUUGCGCUUGGUCAAGAAGGCACAGAAGAUGUUCAAGAAGGUCAACAAGAAAACUGCUUCUGACAUCGAAGGAUGCAAGGUGAUCAACCUGGUUGCUGAAGCGAGGGAGAUUGCCAUAUCAAUCCUCGAAUCAACAUUCCAUCUCCUGUCGAAGCAAAUCGUGAUGCCAAGUUCUAGCAAGUGGUCGCUUGUCCCCAAGUCUUUCCAUAAGAAGAGAGUCCUGUGCAAGGCGGAUCAAUUGCAAGGGUUGGAGCUGGACAUUUUUGAUCUUGAGAGCAGAGUUGGGACAUUGUUUAGGACAUUGAUCCAGAGCAGAGUGUCUCUUCUGAAUGCUCUUAGCUUGUAGACAGAUCAUAAAACAACUCUGACCCCCUGCGAUUAGCAUCCGCCUUUUAGAGGAUUUGCUGAUGAUCCAAACAAUUUUGUAUGUACAGAUAUAUAUGUCAGAAAGUGUACAAAAUUACUCAAUUGAGAGAUUUUUUGGUCCAUUUCCUGUUGUCAGCUGGUGUCUCCCUUGUGAUUAAUUUUAUGGUGUGCAUUCUUUCCCGUGAUGCCUUUAUGUUUUACAUCAUGUAAUGGCCAGCAAAACAAGAACUAAGGUCAAUAUGAUUUGAACUGUUAUGCAAAUACACGUUCUCCUGUGUUCAACAUCAUUAUGAGAAAAAUGAGCUGGCAUGAGAUGUGCCUCAACAGCAAGCCCAAGUGGCCAAGAUCAGUGGAUCUUGCUCUCCCUAGCUAAAACAUGCCAACUCCAAACCAUG